AUGAAAUACAGAUUUAAAAUAUGAAAUUGAAGUAUUCAUAUAUAUGUUGACAAGAAAGAUUUUUUAACAUCUUUAAAAAACAUUCAUAUAAAUGAUGUCUAUUUUUAAACAAGGAAUUAUAAAGACAAGCCAAAAAAUUGAGGUUAACCUUGUGUCAGAUUACAAUAUUUUUUGGAAAUAAAAAAAUAGGAAGUACUGUAGUGAUUUAUUACACUAAUACUAAGGAUUUGUAAUUUUAGUGAUAUUUAGCCGAAAUUAGAAGUGGGAAAAAUAAUCUCUGUGAAGUGGAUAUAUUCAAUAACACUACUAUAUCAAAUGGGGAAAUUUAUGUGAUAAAAUGAAACAAAUUUAAUUUGUUGAAACUUCCUGAGAAGGGAGAAUGACAAUUUAACACUUGAAAGUCACAUGCACAAACAACCACAGAGUAAAUAAAAAUACCAAUACAUUGUUGACGUUGUUUGCUAGUUGGAUAAAAUGACAUUGGAUGACAUUACACGUUUUUGGCGUGAGGAGAGAGAAGAAGGAGCAGUGUACAGUGUUUAUCUCAAGAAAAUCACAUACCACUCAUUCUGUGCGUUGGAAAAUGAAAAAGGUAAAGAAUUUUCACAUCUCAUGUGGGAGACACAGAAAAUACGAGUGAUCAAAGCAGGGAGAUUAGAAAAACUAGUGGAAAGCUUGGUGACAGUCAAAGGAGAGCUGGACUCUACUUAUGUGAAUGUUUUCUUGGCUACUUUUCGCACAUUUGCAACACCCAAACAGGUUUUGGAUUUACUUAUAGACAGAUUUAAAUGGUUGAGAAAAACUGGUACUGAUAGCAAAGAAAAGAAGGAAUUACAUGAUAGUCAGCAAAGAACAAUCAAAUCUGUGAUAUCAGUAUGGUUGGAUACAUAUCCUGAUGAUUUUCGAGAAGAUCCAGACUAUCAAUGCUUACAUACUCUUAUGAAAUUCUCAGAACGUCACCUACCUGACAGUGACUUGUCAUCACGAGCCAAACACAAAUUAGAAAAAUUCCAAAAGGAGUCUCUAAAUAGAUCAGAUGGUGGUAUAGAAUUCCGGUUCUCUUUAUGUGAUGAGGUAGAUCACAUGAUGGAUAUGGAUUAUGUUAAGCCAUUACAGUUAAUGGAUAUCUCCAAUCAGAGGCUAGCAGAACAGUUGACAUAUAAAGAUGCACAAUUGUUCAAAAUGGUUGUACCUCAUCAAUGUCUAGGUGCGGUGUGGGCUCGGAGAGACAGGAAGCAUGGUAGAGGAGGUAAUGUGGCUUCAAGUGUAUUGGCAACAAUAGAACAGUUCAACAGAGUCUCUUUACGGGUUAUUGCUACAAUUCUGAAAAAUCCUGAACUCAGAGCAUCACAGCGUGCUAGGAUUAUACAGAAGUGGAUAGAGACUGCUCAAGAGUUGAGAAAUUUGAAGAACUUUUCUUCUCUAAAGGCUAUAAUCUCAGGACUUCAGGCUCACUCUAUAUACAGGUUAAGGAGAUGCUGGUCGUCUCUUCCCAAAGAGAGUAUAGAAUUAUUCCAGAGGCUUGCAGAAAUUUUCUCUAGUGAAAAUAAUCAGAUAGCCUCCAGAGAAUUAUUAAUGAAAGAAGCAACAGCCAAGUUCCCUGAAGUAGAUAUCAGUAGUAAAACAACAAGGAGAAGGAAUAUGCAGAAAAGACAAUCAUGGAUUGACAAUGGAAUUGUGCAAGGAACGGUCCCUUACUUAGGAACAUUUUUAACUGACUUAACAAUGAUAGAUAGUGCUAUAUCAGACAGAACUGAAGAUGGAUUAAUUAAUUUUGAUAAACGAAGAAAAGAAUUUGAAGUUCUUGCCCAAAUCAGACUUUUACAAUCUGCUGCUCAGAUUUAUAAUUUCACGGAAGAUAAACAAGUGUGGAUCUGGUUUGAUGCCGUCCGAGUUUAUGAUGAAACUGAAAGUCAUGAUUUAUCUUGUUCUAUUGAACCACCAAAAGAUGGAGCCACUAGGCUUAAAAAGAAAUCAUCCAGUCUAAGUCGUCCUCCAAAAUUAGAUGGAUCCAAACUAGCUAUGUUUUCUUGUGGACUUGAUGAUCGCUCCAGUAUCUGUAGUUCAUUAGAUUCUCCUGUCUCACCUACUCCUGGCAUGUCUCACUCAUCAUCAACAUCAUCUUUAGUAUCAUACGACAGUGACCCACCAACUCCAUUUAAAUCUUCUGACUCGUGUGUGAUACGUGUCAGUUUAGAAUCGGGAAUUUAUACCAAUACUCAUGUUUAUAAAAGUAUUAUGUUACAAAAUACAGACCAUACCAAUACUGUGAUAGAUAAAGUGCUAGACAAAUAUGGAAUAAUUCAUGGUAGACAUGAUGAAUUCUGUUUAUUACAACAAUUAUCUGAUGGAGAAUUCCUCAUCCCAGAUAAAGCAAAUGUGUUUUAUGCAAUGAACAAUACAGAAAGUGAACUUAAAUUUAUUGCAAGGUCUAAAGAAGAUCAACAAACUAGGUCAUUACAUCGUAAAAGAGGAAGACGGAAAUUCAGAAUUACUUGAUAGUCGCCAUUAAACAGUGACUUAUAUUCUAGAUAUAAUUCUCAUCACAAAUGAAGAAAAUGGAUGCUGUACCUUCCCAGAAUGCUCUAUUCCUAAAGAACUGGAGAUGAUACCCUCUUCUGGGUAUUUUUUCUAUGAGGUGUCUAGAAACAGACAAACUAAAAGAAAUAUGUAAGGAUAUGAAGGUGUUUUGUAGAUCCAUACAUAGAUCUCAUUAAUUUCUGUCAUUUAGUUGGAAACCAGUGGAAAUACAGUUCAUGUACACCAACUCUUUCAAGAUCAUCUUUUAUAAACCAUUGUGUACAAUUUAAUGCGUUUAUGUUGACAUAUAGGGCUUUUUGUUGCAUACACAGAAACAAUUUAAAAUGAACUAUUAAUUAUUUAAAAUACAUGAAAAUGGAGUGACUGCUAACAAUAAUGAUGAGCUGAAUAUGGUUUUUGAUAUCUUUUUUUUGAGAAUAUACGUUAAAUGUUUCAAAAAUAUAAUAGGUGUAUAGUUUAUUAAAAUAUGAAAAUUAUUUUCUACUUUUUGACUGAAAAUUGUUAAUUCUUUAUUUAGGACCAAUCUUUCUUAAUAUUCUUGUGAUCAAAUCUUUAUCAAAGUUGUCCAAAACCUAAAACUUAAAUAAGCAAUUUGAACAAGGAUCAACAUUUGAUUGGACUGAACACAACAGACGGCAAGUGUAAAAUUAAUAUCAGCAAAUCAAUAUAAAUGUAUGAGUUACUUCCCUUGUAAGUCAUUCCAGAUAAAAUUUAGUAUAAAAAAAUUCACAGAUAACAAAUACUGACAGAUUUGUAUCCCCUAGUUAUGCAUCAGCUAUGGCAGAAGAUGUUUGGAUGUUGUAAAUAAAUUCUAUAGAUGAUCUCAAUAAAAGUCAUACUUAAAAACUUUUAUAUCAAAUCUGAUGAAAUUCUCAUUUGGUGUGUGGGUUUUCCUCAUUGUUGAAGAUUAUUUAGUGACCUUGACCUGUUAUGUUAAGUUCUCAAUACAUUGUUGAAUAGCUGUCUCAUCUCUUAUCAGUUUUUGUCUCACCUGUGUCAAAAGUCGCAGAUGAAAACGGUUUCUAUUAUUAAAGUAUGUGUGCUGAUUGGCCUACUUCAGGUUCAUAAAACUGUGGUCAUUCUACUUAAAUUUAGUGCAAUAUGAUAUAUAUGUGGUGCUGUUUUAUUUUUGUUACUAGGUAACAGUUAUGAAACUUUGGUGAUAAUAUGUGUAUCUGUGUAUAGUUUCAGCUUAUGAAUGGUUGACAUAUUUAUCAUACUUUUGUCUCUGUCAUGUAAAAAUCUGUUUACACAACAGAAAAACUGUAAUAUUAAUAUUAUCUGAUAAAAAGGCUUAUGUUAAUAGAUUGUCAAUUAUUUUAAACUAUAUAUGUUCUUAAUAAAAGUAUUGACUUUUUAUUUAACAUUGGGUAAAGCAACUAAAGACAUUUUAUCUUGACAUUAUAGUGAUAAUCCUUAUUCAGUGAUAUAAUAACCUUCAUACAGGGUAAUAUAGAUUUAUCAUACUCUCCAUAACAAAAAAUCAAAAUUAUAAUUUAAGUUAUGUCUUUAUCUUGGUUUUGAUAUCUUUGCUCAUUAAACUUAAUUUUGUACAGAUCACACACUUAAAAUAUCAUUGUUUUAUUAAAAGUUAAUUGCAAUAUUGUAUCAUGUAUAAUCCAUAGUGAUUAACCUUAUUUUAGAAACUCGAGCCUCUUUUUAUACUGCCUGACUUGCCAUUUUUGUGGUUGUGAUAUUUAUAUAGUUGUCCCGAAUUUUUGUAAUUUUUACUAUUUUUAGAUAUGAUGUAACAUAUGAAAUGAUUUGCUUUCUAUCUAGUCAUUUAGUUUUUAUAUAUUAUUUUACAAUCAAUCAUCAUUUUAUCAUGUUACUUAAGAUGACUUGCAGGGUUGAACAUUUUGAACUAAAAAAGGGGUGUCUGUAUAUUUUCAGGUGACAUAAUUAACAACUAGAUAAUGAAAGUUCUGCUAAAUAUUUUAAUUUGUUUUGUUUAUGAUGAUGUCAUAUUUACAGAAUUUUAUCUCGGAACUUUAAAUCUGUAAUAUAACAAAAGUACAUUGUAUUCCGUGGGAGUUUUUAAAGGUAAAAGACAACAUGUUUGUUUUUGGCAGUAUUUUGUUAUUUGCUCUGCAUUUAGAAUUUAGUUAAGAGAUGUGUUUAACUUUUCCAAACAUUGGAAAGUAAUUUUCCUGUAAAUAUGAGGCAUUAUUUUAGGGAAAUACACAUUCAGAAACAGUUUUUAAAGUUUUCUCCAAAAUAAGCAUGGUAUUUAAAAAAAAAAUGUAACAAUACUGCUGACAUGUAAUUUUAGUUUUUUUUUUUUUUUCGCUUUGAUCAAGGCAUUUUUGAAUAAAACCAAUUUUGACAAUUCAUAACUAUAAAUACAGUUUUUGAAAAAUUUUCAAGGUAAAAGAAAAUGUCUACAAAAUUACAACACUACAUAAGUAGCUGACUUUGAAGCAAUUUCUUGUUAUAAUGUAUCUUAUUAUAAAAAUUGUGAAUUAUCCGAAAACCAAGUAAUACUAUAAAAUAUAUUGUUAAGGCAGCAAUUGUAUUAAUUUGUGUUAUUUGUAACGUUUUCCCAAGUAUGCAUACAACAUUUCUGUGGUAUAAGUGAUCGUUUGUUUCAUUUAGCAUAUUGUAAUAUAGAUAAUAAUUAAUAAAAGAUGAUUAUACCUUUCUGUAAAAGAAUAUCCAAUAGGCAUUGUAGUUUAUUUAAGCAUAUCAAAUAGCAUUAUUUCUAGUUCUUUUGAUAAUUGUCUUGUGAUACUUAAAAUUGUUUCCUUAUAUUUCAAUAUACCUUGAAGUAAAAGAACAUUUAGUUUUAUAGUUGUUUUACAGGAAACUGUAUGUUGUUAAAAUCAAGAUGGAUCAUGUGAUGCUACUUUAGUCAGGUGAACUAUUCUUAUGUUUAUGUUAAUCCCUGGGAGGCAGAUUUGAUAAAUGUCACUCUUCAAAACAGCGCAUGAAGCAAUCUAAAAAGAAUGUACAAUUUAAGAAAACUAUCAUAGUGAUUAAAAUAAUUGAAUAAGUUUGGUUUAUAUUAUACAGAAAUAACCUAAAAAUGUAUUUUAACAUACUAUUUGGUAUGUAAUUGAUAUGCAUAAAUACUAGUGAUUUUACAAGUAAAUGUUGUUGUUUUUCAAUCUGAUCUUGAAGCUUAUAAAUUUGAAGGAGUUUUUAUAUUUAAAUUUUUAGUAUUUUUUUUUUGCAUUUGCAUUUGCAAAAGAUCAGCAUGAAAAGUGUCUAAAAAUAUCAUUGCAUUUUUUUUCAUCUAUCCUAUUGUUUCUAUGAUAAUGUAGUUAUCCUUAAAUUUCCUGUUCUAAUACUCUCUGUGAUGUCUGAGAAUAACAGUGUAGACAAGGUAGGAUUUAGAUUGUUUAUAUAUGUUACAUUGUUUUGUGUAUUGUCAUAUAAAUGUUAUGUAAAAACAAGCAAAUAAAAAAUCAUUAUUGAA